AUUCGCUAUCCUUUUAUAUCUGGCUGUCACUUGAAGCCCAGCCUUUCCAUUUCUGUCCCAAGUGGACUCCACUACCACUUGCCAGUCACCGCAUUGGAUUCAUGCCGGUCGACCUUGAAACUAUGUAUUACAUCGUACGCGAAGUGGACGAGCGAGAUCCUGCACAAGUGCCAGAUAAUAUUGUGAGACCAAAUAACGUCCCAGGUUGUGGGCGUUGCUUGUCAUAUCAUGUUUUCAGACAGCAAGAUUCUGAGCUGCUUGAAGGCUUCUGGGAGUCGCUAUAUAAUAUCGGUCACGUAGAGCCGCGACGUUGCCAAUACGAAGUCGAAGGUCAAGGUGUUGUGCCCCCAGAAGACCGCGAGCUCAAACUCUUCAAUAACACAUUCGAAACGGAUGGUGUCGCCAUUGUGUUCCAUUUUCGCAGGCCUGUGACAACGCGGCGUGGAGAGUAUAUGCCUUCUAGCUCCAACCAAAUUAAACGCUUUCCUCGUGAAAUUGACGUCACACAGUGGAGAAGAGGAAUGUAUCAUCUUUCCAAAGAGCCAGAUGGUCUUGAUGCAGAGCGGCUUCACAAUUUUCGAACAGUGUUCAUAGACCCAGGUAUAUAUCUAAUCAUUCUCAAAAUAUGUAACGUUAUCUAAGUAGAUAUUUUGUAUAUUACUUUAGGCAUCCGGUCUCUGGUCACUGCUGUAGACACUCUUGAGCCGCUCGAAACACCUGAAGCGAGAGCGGAGCACGUGUAUCAG